CACAGCUCUCAAACCCGCUCCGCUUGCCACAAUAUUAUAUAAAUUACGACAUUAUUUAAAGGUACAAUUAUUGUACAGCAUUCAUCCCUAUUGAUUAAUCCCUACAUUGUUUAGCAUACGAGGAGGCGUCUUUAAACAACACAGAACUGAAAUAGAUCAGUGUGUUGGCUGUCAUAGAUCUAGCGCUGCACUUGAUUGUAAACUGGUGUUUACAAGUUACAUUUUGUUUAUUUUUCUCCAUACUCUGUGUAUUAAUGGGAUGUUAUUGUAAUGUAUAUAUAAUUUGUUUUCAAAAUGUAUAAUUAAUCAUCUCCACUUCAUCCUGAGAUAUAUUUAUAUAUUUUCAGAGAAUAAAAUAGAUUAUAAGAUAUAUGUAUUCUUAAUUACUAUUUUGUAAACUAAUAUGUUUCAGGUUAACAGUCAUUUAAUUAUAGACAUGACUAUUUUAAGUUUAAUGAACUCAUGCAUUUUAAUGUACUAUAACAGCAGUGAAUGUGUUGCAUACUUGUUUGUUUAUAUCUAUAUAUCUAAAUAUCUAUAUGUAGCUAUGAAGAGUAUGAUAAAAGCAUUUCAUUGAGGACCUUAUAGGGAUGAGCUUUUUUCUCUUGGAGGGCUUAUAUUAUCUGAAGUUGUAGACAUGCAAACAAGCCUAUGCCUGGUCUCUAAAAUUAACUUUAAAGCUCUAAUACAGGGAUUCAUACCAUUUAGUCCGCAGUCAUUAAUUCCACAAUUUCAAAGAACUAGAAAUUGACUGUUGACCUAAAAUAUUGUGAUCUUAAACUGAAACGUCAGUUCACACACCAAGUAAAAAAUAAAAAUCUUAAAACUUGCAUGAGAAUAUUUCAAAAUGAAAUGAUGCAUCCCUAUGAAAUCCUUUACAGAGUCAGAAAUAUAUUAAUGUUUAUUAUAAUAUAAUAUUUUUUUUAUUUAGUUGUUCUUUUGUUUAAAAAAUUUUGAGAAAGAAAACUGUUUGCAUAUAUUUUAUACUUUCAUGAUUAGUCGCAUCCGACUUGGCAACCCCUUUAAUUGAUAUUCUACAGUAUUCAACAAAUAUAUCUGAGGAUUUACUGUAGUUUUCAUGUUGAGAAUGGCAUAAGCUGGUCUUAUGUUUGCACUUUUUGGAAGCAAAAUACCUUCUAAUUGUCUAAACCAGUCAGUAUGUCAUCAAUCUGUUUACUAACUAGUUUGACGACUUGUUACAGUUACUGAGUUGAUGGUUUAGUUUUUCUUUAGAUUGUUCUUCCUGAAAUGGUGUCACGAUUAUUACCCUUGAAAUCAGUCCAAUUUGGUGUCCACUAUUAAAAACAAGACUGUAGACUAAUUUGUCCCUAUGUUAAGCCUACGUAUUAUCGCUAAAAUUGCAGAACAUAGGUCAUAUGAUGGUUUAAGUUUCAAAUUAUAAUGGUUUAUUUAAUACUUUGUUAAUUAGACUUGAAGAAUUCAUGUGUAUUUACUACUCUUCAUGUUGCUGGUUUGUGAGGUGCCUCAAGCUGGUAUCUGAAACUCAUGACCAAACAGCUGUGCAUUGCUAGUCUCUCUUAGUGUUUUUGGUGACAUAAAUGUCUGUACUGUAAUUAAUUAUAAAUAACGAAAAAUACCUAUAUGUAGCAACUUGAAAAAACAAUAUAUAUUGUAUAUUUAUGAACUGAUCAGAUUUUGUAUACAUAUUUAUUUGCAUAGUAUACAUGCCUCUUGUUUGUUUCCACCAGCGAAAGAGACUCUUGUUGUCAUCUUUAUGAAUUACUCUGUUUUAGCUUUAAAUUGUGCUAGCUUUUAGAAUCAUAAAUGUGUUGCUAUAGUUGCUUUUUUUAUAUACUGUUUACAUUGUUUCUUUUUUUUUUUUUUUUACAUUUCACAUCAAGAUGGUCUGUUCUGUUGGGGCGGGGGGAUCAUAAUAAAGAUCAUGAUAUAAAAUCUAAUAUUUUUUUUCAAAGAUGAAUCACACCUAAGUGUAUGUUUUAAUUACAAUUCCUGAUGUAAGCACAAAUUUGGGUUACACAGUACAUUCUGAAAGGCUGUUCAGUUCACAUUCCUUACGUUCCUUACCAUAUCUUUGGUCUUUGCUAACAUCACUGCAUGCCCGCUGAACACUUGGAAUGUUUUCAGGCCACUUCAAGUGAUUCUCUCCUAUUCAAAUUGGAGUACAGGCAGUUCUCUUUGAUACAUGCUUCAUUUUUUUGAAAAUCUAUUCUUAUUUCACUGAUUUCUAUGACUAAUACCAUGUUUUAAGCAUAAAUAUAUCAGAAUUUAGUAAGUUAGCUCAAUGCACUCAACCCCUUUUAAUCACGGUUUGAACCUAGCCUUUGACCUAAGCAUUCUUAGUCUGCAUUUCUCUGUACAUUUAAUGUUGAAAAUACCCAUUACAUCAAAUAUUUCUAUCACAACCCUAUUCAGGAUGAACUGCUGACUCUAGUUUAGCUCCAACCACAUCAAGUUUGCAGAUGACAAAACUGUGCAAGGCUUCAUCAGCAACAAUGAAGAAACCGCUACAGACAGGAAGUGACACAACUGGCUGAAUGGCACAACCUGUCUCUCAAUGUGGGGAAGAAGAAAUUGUGAUGGACUUCAGGAGAAACUGACUAUCAGCAGCUCGACUGUUGAGAGUCAGCAGCACUAAAUUCCUGGGGGUGGACACACAUCAUAGAGGAUCUCGCCUGGAUCACCAACACUAUAUCACUUCAAACAGGCCAAUCAGCGCCUCCACUUCCUGCGCUAUUGCAGGACAGUGAACACAGCUGUAAAGAUCAUCAGUGUCUCUCUCCCCUUCAAAGGGGACAUUUUCUGUGCAAGAUGCUCCAGCAAAGCCACCAGUAUCGUGAAGAACCCCACCCAUCAUUCUCACAGUCUCUUUCAUCUCUUGCCGUCAGGAAGAUGGUAAUGGAGCAUCAGAGCACGCUCUGCCAGACUCAACAGCUUCUUGCCCCAGGGUGUGAGGGCUUUCAACUCCAGUCACCCCGCUCACCUCUAAAACCCCUGUCCAAACUCCUACAUUCUGAACAAGAAGCCGUAUACACAGGAUGAGUGGCCUGUACAAACCUUCCAUCUGUGUAUGUUGCUGGUGUUGCUGUGCUGGUUUUUCGGGGUCACAGGGCUUUUAUUUAUCUUGUACUCCUGGUUCAUCCCUGCUGUUGUGCAGUUCAACGGCAGUCUCGCGUUACUCUGGCAUGAUGUCAUCGUUCAGCAUGCUCUUGAUACUCUGACCAGAUCUACUCAACCACAGCGUCUGAUGAAAGCAGUACAGAAGCAUGCAACCCGAGGUGACCCUCAGAGUGUGAUCUCGGCCAUUGAUUAUUACUGCCGACACAGGGAAUGGGCUAUGAACAUCGGAGAUGAGAAAGGCUCUAUCCUGGACUCAGUGGUGAGUGAGUUGAACCCAGAGAAGGUCCUAGAGUUGGGCACAUACUGUGGAUACUCUACAGUGCGCAUCGCUCGUCUGCUUCCUCCUGGAGCUCGUCUGAUAACACUGGAGUUCAAUGCAGAUUAUGCUGCAGUGGCUCGACAAGUAAUCGCCUGGGCGGGUCUUGAAGACAGAGUCCAGCUUGUAGAAGGUGCGUCUGAAGAUUGGAUCCCGCGCAUGAAGGAGCACUUCGGAAUUGAAACAUUUGAUUUGGUUUUUCUGGACCACUGGAAGGACCGUUACCUCCCCGACACAAAAUUAAUGGAGGAUUGUGGUCUACUAAGGAAAGGCACCGUUCUGCUUGCUGAUAAUGUGAUCUGUCCGGGAGUCCCAGACUAUCUUCAAUAUGUGCGCAAUAGCCUUUCCUAUAGAAGCUGCUAUUUUAAAUCCCAUUUAGAGUAUACCAAGGCAGAGGACGGCUUGGAGAAGUCUGUGUUUUUGGGCUAGAGAUAUACAGAAAUGGUUCAUAUGCUUACCUUUUUUUGCUCGACUUUUUAUGCUGAGAGUUUCGCAGAUCUAACAUUUAUUAUCAUACAGUAUGUCCUUAAGACUUACUGUACUUAAAAUAUGUGAAUCAGGGCACAGUUCUGCACAUUUGUUCAAACAAGACCACUCUUUUACCACUAUGAACCACUAGAGGGUAGGAUCACAUCUAAAAUGGCUUGUCUAGACCCCCUCUUUCAGUGAAAUUUUAUCUUAAAAAUAUAUACUAGUGACUUAUAUUUAUAUAUAUACUAGUGACUUAUACUAGUGACUUUAUAUAUACUUGUAUUUAUAUUUUUACAGAAAAUGUAACCUUUUUAGGGUAUUUUACUAUUUUCCUUUAUUUUAUUUUAUUCUGCAUUAAUUGAAACAAUGCCACUUUGUGUUCAUGUCAUUUAGAGUGUGUUCAUUUUAGCUGUUUUUGCAGUAUUGAUAGUGGCUUUGAAGAUUGCAGUUUUAUUUACGUUUUUGGUGCAUAUUUUUGUAUGCUUUAAUGUUGCAAAUAAUGUAUCUGCCUCUGGCAAUAAUGUUUUAUUCAUUUAAUUUUUAAGGUGAUAUUUUAAUUAGCUUUUUCUGUUAGCUUAAUCUAAGCUAUAGUGUCUUAAUGUUAACUAAGUUAUAAAACACAUUUUCAUGUCCUCACCACUGCUUGUGUGUAUGUGGCCUGGUAAACCCUACAUUAUAAAACAAAAUGUCCCCAUGCA